GCCAAAUGUACAAAACCCAGUCUUCUCCUUCGAAUGGUGUACAUUUUGGGUUUCGCUUUGGUUGCUCCGCUGCUACAAACCAACACCAGCCUUGAUGCUUCGCCCACUUUUCACUCUCCUCCCUCUUGUCUGAUUUGUGCAUUUCCAUACUCGAAUUCUGAUUCUAUGACGUAGUAGAUGAAGUGCAAAUAUGAAUUUAUUGGUCAAUCCUAGUCUAAGCUAUGCGCCGACGCCAUUGAAUCAAAACCCCUCUAAAACCACCCGCAAAAUCCAUUCUUGUCAUCUCAUCUCAACCAGAAGAAGUUGCGAUUUGUAUGACUUGCACAAUGAGGUGGUGCCGUACGCAGAGGCGUGGUCGUGGCAGAAGGCCAUUGUGAGGGAGAGAAGUGCACUGAGUGACAGAAAUGAAGAUUUCUCGGACAGUUUGAUUGUCUUACAACACCAACCUGUUUACACCAUGGGCACCGGCAGCUGUGAGAAUUACUUGAAUUUUGAUGUCAACAAUGCUCCUUUUGAUUUGUAUCGCACCGAAAGAGGUGGUGAAGUUACAUAUCAUGGCCCUGGUCAGCUAGUCAUGUAUCCUGUCAUCAAUCUCCGGUAUUACAAGAUGGAUCUCCAUUGGUACCUGAGAUCACUUGAAGAGGUGGUUAUUCGGGCUCUUUCUUCGACAUUUGCUAUUAAAGCUUCAAGAGUUGAGGGCUUAACUGGUGUUUGGGUUGGUGAUGCUAAAUUAGCUGCCAUUGGUAUCAAAGUAUCAAAAUGGAUAGCAUACCAUGGCUUGGCACUAAAUGUAUCCACAGACUUAACACCCUUUGAUCAGAUCAUCCCGUGUGGGAUUAGGGAUCGUCAAGUUGGAAGCAUCAAGGGGCUUCUAAAUGAAAAUGGACGCCCAGUCGAAGAUUAUGAUCUCAAUGAUGAUCAAGAUUUGAUGUACACUACUUGUAAGUCGCUUGUUAGGGAGUUCUGCAAUGUUUUUGAAAUUGACUUUUGCCAAAAAACUUUACAAAGACCAGCUACUGGGAAUCUGUUGGCCUAACAUCUUGAAGAGCCAAUCUUCACAAAUGAUUUAGAAAAGAUACAGCAUUCUGCGUA